CACACACACACACACACCUGCAUUCAUACCAACACCACCCCUUAUACAUUCAUCAUGGGAAAGGCUCGCAAGAAAAACAGGACCCACAAGAAGGCCGAGGAAGGAGAGAACCCGAACGCAGCAAAGGUCCCAAAGACCUUCGUCAUGCGAUCAGGAGAGGUCGGCCACUCUGUCAUGGGGCUCGUUAACGAUAUCCGUCGACUCAUGGAGCCCAACACAGCAACCAAACUCAGAGAACGUAAAAACAACCGUCUACGUGAUUUCGUCGCCGUAGCAGGACCCUUGGGCGUGACACACUUUGUGAUCCUGUCCCGGACAGAUCAUGGCACCAACCUCAGGAUCGCCCGUGUUCCGCGUGGACCUACUCUUUCAUUUCAGAUCAAAACCUACUCUCUGGCCAAGGAUAUCGCUGCUAUGCAAAAGGCACCCAAAUCACCAGGGCUUGAAUUCCAUGUGGCCCCUCUGCUGGUUCUGAACAACUUUGGUGAUUCGAACGAGAUGAAAUUGAUGAGCACAGUAUUUCAAAACAUGUUUCCCCCAAUUAAUAUCCAGACUAUGCAAUUAUCGGAAGCUCGACGUGUGGUUCUUUUGAACUACAAUAGUGAGACCAAGCAUAUCGAUUUCCGCCACUACAACGUCUCCGUCAAACCCGUCGGCAUCUCCAAAUCUAUUAAGCGUGUCAUCACCACAGAUGUUCCCGAUCUGCAGGGAUUCGAGGAUAUUUCAGAUUACGUCCUCCGCGGCGCAUUCGCUUCAGAAUCUGAUGUCGAAGAUGGUCCCGAUUCAACCGUAACGCUGGGCCAGGACUACAUCGGACGCAAUAACCGCAAGCAGGAUCAGAGAGCCAUCAAGCUUGUAGAGCUGGGUCCACGGAUGGAACUUAAACUUAUAAAGAUCCAGGCGGGUCUUUGUGAUGGCGAGGUUCUCUACCACGACUUCAUCAAGCGCUCGCCCGAGGAACUCAAGGCCCAGAAGGCCGAGCGUCAGAAGAAGAUGCAGGAGAAGGCCGCCCGCCGUAAGGAACAGGAGCUUAAUGUCGCCAAGAAGAAGGCGGAGAAGGAGGCUGCCAAGGAAGCACAUCGCAUCGCGACAGGCGGCGCACCCCGCAAAGCGGAGGAUGAGGACGAAGAUGAGGAUGAGGAAGAUAGCAAGAGCGCGAACGGGAAGAGGAAACGCAAUGAUUCUGAAGAGGGAGAAGAUCAGGACGGAGAUCAGGAGGACCACUAUAAUGACGCAUCUGACGACAAUUACUCGGAUAUGGGCGAUAUGGCUCCACAAUUCUCGGAUGAUGACGAGGAGGAUUUCUCUGUUGACGACAACGAUCAGAUGGAGGGCUUCAGCGACGAUGACCUCGAAUAAAGUUGCUUUUUGGCAUCCUGGGAUACAAUAAAAACCAUUUC